AUGGGAGCAUUACAAAGUACUCCUGAGCAGAAAGCUCCAGAAUUAGUCGGUGAUUUUGAUACACUUCUUGGCAAAGUCACUGAUGUUGCCUCUUUAAACUUAAUAAAUGGCUUUGAAUUCACUCAUGUUUAUCAACCUCAACCAUCGCACAGUAUCGUUCAAACAAUUUCUAUUUCUCCAAGAAUCCAUCCUGUUGAGCUUGCUGCUCAAGCUGGAGAAAAAGUAAUUCCAGGAAAUUAUAGUGCUGUUUUCGUUGGAACAGUUAGUGAUAUGGAAUAUCGUGUUGCAUUACCACUCUUUGGCUCACCUAACGUUCAACUUACAGUUCCUCUUUCACAAUACAGCAAAACAUCUUUAUAUGUUGAUUGCACGUUAAAUCCUGGAAUUACAGGCUACUUAAAGUAUAGAGGACCAAAGGUAGCCUCAGAAUUUGCAUUCUCUGCUUCAAAUUACUUCACACAAGGUAACAUUAUCGCUAAUUUUUCAACAAUGUACAAGAAAACAUUGUUUGGCGCUAUAAUUCAAAAGCCUCUUUUCAGUGCAGGCUAUGUUUUCAGAGCAGGCUGCGCAACAGACUUCGGAAAGUUCAAUGAUGGAAUUUUCCUCUCUCUUGAACCAAAAUUACGUAUUAACAAAUCGAUAACAUACAGUCCGAACGAGGAUACAACUGGUGGCAUACAACUUGAUAUCCUUCCAUCAGAACUUCGUGCCAAAUCUGCAUUUUUCAUCAAUCGCAACUUUGCCAUGACCGUCUUUGCAUUUAACGUUACAAGUGAUGCUACAAUCUCUUCUUCCCUCCAGAGAAGAUUCGGAAAGGGCUACCAGAUGACUCUAACUUCACAAGCUGAUAUAUUCAGAAAGCAUUAUAACUUUGGACUUGGUCUUGUUUUUGCAUAA